CCCUCACAGGGCAGCGCUUCCGCUUCCCGCGGGCGCGGCGGGCCCGGCGCUCCCGGCCCUGGCAGGGGGGGAUGGCGAGUUACACCAAGGCCGCCCAGCAAUGGGCCACUUUUGCCAAAGCCUGGUAUCUCCUCGAUGCGAAGAUGCAGCCCCCAGGAAAAAUAGCAGCUGCGACUGUACUCAGACUUGAAGGCAGACAUAAACCUAUUUAUCAUGCACUAAGUGACUGUGGAGAUCAUGUUGUCAUAAUAAAUACAAGACAUAUUGCCUUCUCUGGUAACAAAUGGGAGCAGAAAGUAUAUUCUUCACAUACUGGUUAUCCUGGUGGUUUCAAACAAGUGACAGCAACUCAGCUCCAUUUGAAGGAUCCAACUGCUAUUGUUAAACUGACUGUUUAUAGAAUGCUUCCAAAACACCUUCUGAGAAGAACUCUGAUGCAGAGGCUACACCUGUUCCCAGAGGAUGUUAUUCCAGAAGAUAUACAGAAGAACCUUCUACAAGAGAUUCCUCAGCCACGUGAAGUCCCCAAGAGGUUAGAUGAAUAUACACCGGAAGAAAUUGCUGCCUUUCCAAGGGUUUGGACUCCACCUAAAGAUUUUCGAUGGAAGUAAUAGCAAUAAAUGGAGAAGAAGUGCCAUCAGGAUCGUCUCUCCUCCUUGAAAGAGAAGUCUUCUAACAUGGAAGCACCUGUGCAUCUCAGUCAACUCUUUUAUACUGAAUGUUUCUGGCGGCUGUUAGCAAACUUGAUUUGGCAAGAUUAUGAAAAUUACUGUAUUUGAAACAGAUAAAAAUAGAUAUUGUCUUGUUAAUAUCACCUGUACUGCAUUGUAUGAUCUAUUAUUUAGUGACAUUUGGUUUGAUACUAUUAUUAAAGAAUUGAUACCUUUUUCAUGAAUAUUUGCAUCUCACAGAAACAGUACAUUGGUUACUAAAAUGAAGUAUCUCACUCUGAAAAUUGCAAAAAUUGAAUUCCGUGCAGCAAGAACAUAAUUUUGGUCACCAGCCGUGGUUUUUCAUCCUCAAGCUUUGACCCGACAUAGUGUUGAUUUCACUAAAGAGCUUGUUGAAAUAACAGGCACUAAAGGCAAUGUACAGGGAGAUCAUCCUCCUUUUUAUCCCCCCUUAAGCACAAAUCUGAUUUUGAUUCAAGUCACAGGAACAGGCCUUACUUCCUUUAAACAACAUAUUACAGAACAAAGCAGCAACAUUUUUAUUAUGAAAACCAAGUGAGGAAACUGAAGUUAAAUGUUGAAUGAUGCAAAAACGUCUUAAAAAUUAGUUUGCUUUUGCAGGCUACUUCCCUGAAAUUCCUUACUGCUUUUCUGCAUGGAAGACCCUCAAGCCAAAUCUGUUAUGUAAAUAAGUGAAGCACCUGUUGUUUUCGGUGUUGUGGAAGAUGCUGAUACGUUACCUACAAGAUUUGACCACGUUUGGGGAGGAGAAUUUGAGUUUUCUACAUUUGCUUUAUACAAGCAUCAUAUGGGAAG